AUGUGUGAUCCUGCAUGGAAAGUCUGCGCGGCGUGGGCAGCAAAGGCCUACCAAAGCGGUGCUCGUGAUGACUCACUGGUCUUUGAAGACAGCCGCGGCAGCAACAAGGCCCUCAUCAGAAUAUGUCGUCCAGGCGAGCCCCUGAUAGCCUUCCGAGGCACAGAAAACCUGGAAAACGGACUGCAGGACAUGGCUGCUGUGGCGACGACCAACUUUGAGGUCUCCCAUCCGGGCGUUGCACCUGUGGCCGUGCAAGUGGCCGCAGGCUUUCAUCAGGCUUUGGCCAACUUAAGGCCAACUGACUUGGCAAACACCAUGAGCGUGCAUAGUACCGUAGGCGCCACGUGGCUCAUCACUGGACAUUCCUUGGGUGGAGCUAUGGCCGCACUCUUCGCAUUAUUCUGCGUGAAGAAUGGCUUGUCAAUGCAGCUGAUCCGGUGCCGCAUUUGUUGGACAUCUGUGGACUAUCACCCAUGCAGCGCCACGGAGGUUGAUUUUGGUGACUGUGGUGUUCUUAUCCUGCACACUUUCAUGGACUUUGUCACAACUGCUGUGCGCAAGAAAGGUGUGCUUGGGGCAUUGCAAGACAUAGGUCUCCGAGAUCACAGCAUGGACGUCUAUUUGGACAAUGUUCUCCAUCCACAUACUGCAAAAGCCCGAGCCGUGUCCCGGGUCGUGGGCACCAUGGUUCAGUGUGCAGAGCUUGUUGGUGUACAGCUCCCGGAGGGAGUUUGUGCGCUAGGUGAGGUGUUUUCAAAGCUUGGACAAGGCCAAGGCUCGAAUCUCACUGCUGCGGCCACCAGCGCUGGCUUGAUCGCCCUGGAGACGCCCAUCGCCGAUGCCCUCGCCCGUUCUGCUGGACUGUCACCGGAAGGUGGCCAAGGCAUAGUUCGCAUGUUGGCCAAGAGCACGCGAGCCCUGGGCUCUAGCGCUACGAGCCCACAAGAGAAGAUGAAGGCGGUUGUUCAGGCAGGUGCAGAGGAGCUAGUCUCUUGCUGGCUCGCGACGCGUUCUCUGCAGAUGCUCAGUUGCAUUCGGCUACAAGUUGUAGGCUACGUUUCCAGCUUCAUGGCCGAAUGCUUUGACCAAAUCAAAGCCUGGUGGUCCGGCAGCAUCUCCGGCACAGACUGCGCUCGAAAUCUAUUCGGUGCAGCCAUCGAGGCAGGUUGUGGUGCUGCGGGAGCGGUUGUCGGGGCUAUUGCUACUACAGCUAUUUGCACUGCAAUGUUUGGUCCUUUGGGUUUCUUUGCCUCAGCUGUCGCCGAGCUUGUGGGUGCAGCUGUUGGUGGAGCUGCAGGCACCUGGGCAGGGAAGAAGUUGCGAGGUUGGUACCAAGAGUUCUUUGGUGGAGGGAAGGAUCAGUCCUUGCGGGCCGCCUACCGGGAGCUUGGCAUCCCCAGCUCUUCUUCCGACGAAGAGGUUCGGAAGGCUUACAAAAGCUUAGCAAGACAGCGCCACCCGGACAAGGGCGGCAGCAAAGAAAGUUUCCAGCAGCUACGCACCGCUUACGCAGCCAUUAUGGCCGAUCGGAAUCGUGCUGUGCCAGCCGACAUCAGUUCUGAAGACAUCAGGGCCAUAGAGGAUGCAUGGGACAUUGGGGCUGAACUCUCCCACGGUCGGGAGACGGUAGUCCAUAAUCUUGCUCGACUUCCCGACUACAUGCAAGUGCGCAAGAGGAAAUGGCUGCAAGGAAUCUUCCGGGAGGAAAAGAUGAGGCAGGAGUCCCUGAAGAAAGACGUACUUAAGGCGGAAAGGAGAUUGGUGUACAGGACCUUGAACCUGCAGGAGGGCUGUUCGAAGGAGGAGGUGAGAAAGGCCUACAGGAAGCUCUCAGCCAAGUAUCACCCGGACAAGCAAUCAGUGUCGAAGGUGGCAUCUGAGCAUGCCUUCAAGAGGCUGUCGCAUCUUUACCAGAAGAUCAAGGAAGAGUUCAAUGUUGAGGCAGUAGAAGUUGGAGACUCUGAGAGUGUCACAACCCAGGAGACCGGGUGUACCUCUGAGACGUCGUCGAACCAUGGCCCGUCCAGCAGUCAGGACGAGGUUGAAGCAAGCUCUGAGUCGUCCACCGAUUCGUUGAAGCUGCUACAGCUACAGGAGCACUACGCCGAUCUCGUGCAGGCCUGCAGGAUACUCCGCUGCAAUAUCGUCAACUUACAAGCUGAGCUCCAUGCCCUGCUUUUUGCCAUCCCGGAUCUCAAUUGUGUGGCAUGGGAACUGCGCCCUCGCAUGCAGUCUUCGCACGGGCGAACGAGGCUGGAUCCAGGUUGGAGCCACGUCGUGGUCCGACCCUUGUAG